CCCCAGCCCUCUUGCUUGUAGUCAACUUGAAUUGUUUUAGAAAACAUGUUUCUCACAGCUGGGUUCAGAGUUCAACAUUUUGUACUCAGACACAAGCAUCUACGCGAUUUUUCAACAAUUCUUUGCAGUUCUAUCUUUGAAACCCCUCCGAUGGAACACAGAAAUCUUGAUAGAUUGGCAUUUUCAUCAAAUAUAAACUACAGCCAGGCGAGGUUUAUGUCUAAGAACUCAAAAUCCACGAAGAAACAGAAGAAUGUGGUGGAUAAAAUAGUCGAGGAUUUAGUAGAUGAUGAAGAUGAAGAUAGUGAUGACGGAGUGAUUGUUGAUCAACAGAAUUCACAAUUAAAUAAAUUUCUCUCUUCUAAAACUCCUGGAGGGGGUAAAAAGGGAACUAAAGGAAAUAUUCACAAAAUGCCUUACUCGGAAUUUAUAGAAAUAGUUAAAGGUAAGGCUAGUUUAUCAUUGUUUAAAGUUACUCUUCACAGUGUAUGCAUGGUUUGAUUAUUAGUGAUUAAA